AUGUCUAAACCUGGGGGAGAAGUUGCCACGUUUUCAGUAUGGGACUACGUGGUGUUUGCGGGCAUCAUCCUCUUUGCGGCGGGAAUCGGCCUGUUUCAGGCCAUCCGGGGACGUAAGGAGACAAGCAGCGCUGAGUUCCUCCUGGGUGGGCGGCAGAUGACAGCUGUGCCCGUGGCCAUGUCUCUCACUGCCAGCUUCAUGUCUGGCAUCACGGUCAUCGGCACACCAGCGGAAGCCUAUCUGUACGGAACGCCAUUCUGGCUCUUCGCCUUGUCCUACACUCUCAUGUCUGUGCUGACUGCUGAGAUCUUCGUGCCUCUUUUCUACCGCCUGGGCGUCACCAGCACGUACGAGUACUUGGAGAUGCGCUUCAACAAGGUUAUACGCAUCACUGGAACCAGCAUGUACAUCAUACAAACGGCUCUGUACACAGGGAUGGUCAUUUAUGCUCCUGCGCUUGCACUCAAUCAGAUCACUGGACUGAAUCUGUGGGGAGUGCUGGUGGCUACGGGAACAGUCUGCAUCAUUUACUGCACUCUGGGAGGUUUGAAGGCUGUGAUCUGGACAGAUGUAUUCCAGAUGGGCAUAAUGCUAGCAGGAUUUGUGGCUGUCAUUGCACGUGGGGCUGUUCUCCAAGGAGGGCUGGGCAACAUAUGGAAUGACAGUUACCAUGGUGGACGUCUGGAAACAUUUGACUUUGAUCCCGACCCUCUGAGACGGCACACUUUUUGGACGAUUGUCUUUGGUGGAGCUUUGAUGUGGGCAUCGAUCUACUCCAUCAACCAAUCACAGGUUCAACGUUACAUAUCCUGUCGGACCAUGACACAGGCUAAGCUGGCGCUGUAUGUGAACAUGGUGGGUUUAUGGGCCACUGUGAGUCUGGCCAUGUUGUCUGGCCUGACCAUGUACUCCUUUUACAAGAACUGUGAUCCACUCACAAAUGGUGAUGUGGCAGCUUCUGAUCAGCUGUUCCCCUACCUGGUUAUGGACAUUCUUGGAGAGUUCCCAGGACUGCCGGGUCUCUUUGUGGCUGCAGCAUACAGUGGCACCCUGAGUACCGUGUCAUCCAGUAUCAAUGCCCUGGUGGCAGUCACCACAGAAGACUUCAUUAAACCUGUAUGGUCCAGCAUGACCGACAGACAGGCAUCCUGGCUCAACAUGGGUCUGAGUGUAGUCUUUGGAGCUAUAUGUAUAGGGAUGGCAGGUGUGGCUUCUUUGAUGGGGAAUAUAUUACAGGCAGCCCUGUCGAUAUUCGGCAUGAUCAGUGGACCACUCCUAGGUCUCUUCCUGCUUGGCAUGUUCUUUCGCUGUGCCAAUUCCUCAGGAGGGCUGGUGGGACUGAUUGUGGGUCUGGUCGUGACACUCUGGGUAGGCAUUGGAGCUCAGAUUUACCCCCCUUUGCCUCACAAGACAAGACCACUCCCCCUCAGUGUGGAAGGCUGUGCAACAGAAGCCAUGAACCUCACCACAGCAGCCUCAUGGACCAGCACAAUUCAGCCAACCACAGCUCCCAGUGAAAGGUCAGUUCUGGCAGACAACUGGUACUCUUUGUCCUACCUGUACUUCUGUCCACUGGGAACACUGGUGACCAUGGCAGUGGGCCUGAUUGUCAGUGCAGUCUCAGGUGGCUGUAAACAGAAAAAGAUUCGACCAGAGCUCUUUGUUCAUGGAAAAGACUUGCUCUGUUUCAGCUGUGGCAGAAAUUCUUCUCAGGUUACCGAGGCAGAUCUGAUCACUAAGACAGGCCUCGACCAUCUGCAAGGCAUUGACAACCCAGACUUCACUGACACAGAACUCAAGACGAAGGAGAAGGACACGGACAAAAUCACUCGAUUUUGA